CCUCUUCCUUAAACUUUUACGUUUCUCUCUCAUAAGACGGCCCGAAGUUCUCCCAGGAAAGCAUCCCGGGGAACUCGGGGAAGCCAAAUUUGAAAUCAUCUUCCAAAUGAACGAGAAGCUAUUCUCAAGUGAGACAAGUCGCGGUCUAUCCCGCGCACCACUCACUCCAUGACGCCAUGCAACCAGGCUGCAUUCUGGAGGCUUGCAGAUUUCCAAAUCCUCUCUCUUUUUCGUCCUCCGAUAUCGUGCAGAAAGACAAACAUCCCGUUCUUGUGCUACCCAGGCCCCGACAGUGGGGUGUACCUCUCCAUUACCCCUCCAUUUCUGCCCUCUAUCCCACUUUCCUCAUUGUUCAAACAUCUUCAUACCACAAUCAUGCCCGCAGAUUACUCCGAGUCUCCCAUCGGUCUCAAAUGGCGCAGCAAUACCCUCUUCAUCAUCUCCACCGUCGGCAUAGGACUCUUCACCGAUCUCUUUCUCUACGGUAUCGUCGUUCCCAUCCUCCCUUUCAUCCUCGCAGACCGCCUCGACGUCCCACACAACAAAAUCCAAACCUACACAUCAGCCCUGCUCGCAUGUUUCGCCGGGGCCUCCGUCCUGUUCUCCUUGCCCGCAGGAAUCCUCGCAGAUAAGCUGCCGGCACGCCAGCUGCCGUUUCUGCUUGGUCUCGUGGCUCUGCUUGCUUCAACGAUCCUUUUGUGGCUGGGAGAGACGAUUCCGGUUCUUGUUAUAGCGAGGAUUCUCCAGGGAAUAAGUGCAGCAGUGGUAUGGACGAUUGGCCUUGCUCUGAUCUUGGAUACGGUGGGGAGCAACAAGCUGGGUGUGACGAUCGGGAGUAUCUUCUCAUUCAUCAGCGUGGGGGAGCUCGCUGCUCCUGUGCUUGGAGGAAUUGUGUACAAGAAGUCAGGAUCAGGAGCGGUGUUUGGGAUGGGGUUCGGGUUACUGGCUAUCGAUUUCUUGAUGCGAUUGGCGGUUAUUGAGAAGAAGGUUGCCGUAAAGUACGGUCUCAAAGAUGACGAGGAAGUGGAUGAAGACGAAGCAAACGAGGAUUCUCCACUCCUGGCAAAUGGAGCGGGUGAUCUUGACGACUGGGAGAUACCCAAGGACCAACCGAAAUGGAUCCGCAAGUUUCCCCUCCUCUACUGCUUGAAGAAUCCACGGCUUCUCGUCGCCGAACUCGUUGCUUUCACGCAAGCCACGCUCCUCGCAGUCUUCGACUCUACAAUCCCAACCGAAGCACAGGACCUCUUCGGCUUCGACUCACUGAAAGCGGGUCUUCUCUUCAUGCCCCUCGUUCUCCCGUACCUCGUCUUUGGUCCGCUGUUCGGAAAAGGAGUCGACAAGUACGGCCCCAAGCUGGCAGCCUCUAUUGGCUUCGCAUUCCUCGUCCUGCCUCUAAUCCUAUUAAGAAUCCCACAUGAUGGAGGGAAUGGCGAAAUAGCGAAAUUCUGUGUCUUUCUGGGGAUGUGUGGAAUAGGUAUGGCAAUGAUCAGUGCACCGAGCAUUGUCGAGGCGAGUUUUGUCGUCGAGCAGUAUUACAGGGCCAAUCCGGAGGUCUUUGGAGACGAAGGGCCGUACGCACAAUUAUAUGCGAUCAACAGUAUGGUGUUCAGUGCGGGAUUAACUCUGGGGCCCCUGGUUUCCGGGGCUUUGAGGGACGCGAUUGGGUUUGGGAAUAUGAAUGCUGUGGUUGCAGGCAUGUGCGCUGUUGUCAGCGUGUUGUGUUAUAUAUUUCUUGGGGGGCCAUCAUUGAAUAGUUUGAAAAAGAAGUAGAUGGCAUAGAAUUCGUGUCAAUAUGAGGAAACGAUGAAGAGUCUAUUUCCAGUUUUAGAAGUGCCGGAAAGAGGUGCCCACGUGCGUGACUGAUGAACCUGAUUACCACACUUGCUAUAAAGAAGACGCC